AUGGCUGAGCCACACAUAGCUUCCUUGUGUGGUGUAUACAAUGAAGAAUUUCAUCCUCCGCCUAUGGAUGUUCAGCCUAUAGUGGAGGACAUUCGGGAGCUCACAUCCCAACUCAGAUCAUGUAAUUUCCACUUCAUUUCUAGGGAGGCAAAUUGUGUUGCCGAUACCCUAGCUAAGAAGGCCUUGUCAAUAUCGUGUAAGACAACAUGGCCUAUUUCCACUCCGACAAUCCGAAACGAAUGGGACGCAGAAGGAUCGUUCAAAUACAUCAACGACACAACCACCGCUCUCGGCGCCAUCGACGCACGAGAGCGCCACAAGUUGGCCGAACGCGAGCGGCGCAAAUCAAUGCGAGAGCUCUUCCUCUCCCUCCACGCUCUCCUCCCACACGCCAAAUCAGUCCGAAAGGAACAAUCAGCAAUCCUUGAAGAGAUCAUCAAGUACAUACCUUUGGCUGUCGCUCGUCUCCGAUCGCUCCAAAAUAAGAAAGAUUCGCCUUCCUCUACUUCCUCUAAGGUAUCGAAGUCGCCGGCGCCGCCUGUCGAGGCAUCGAACCGUCACUCUGCUUCCUCUGACUCGUCGGAAUUCGACAUCCGAGUCGCGGCUGAGGCUUCGUCGUUUGUGUCGAUUCGGAUUAGAGGAGACCGAGUUAAUGUGUCAUUGACUUAUACGAAUCCCAAGGGGACUUCACAGGUUCUCCCACUCUCCGUCAUAAUAGAUGAGCUUGAAGCUCAUCACCUUGAGAUUGUUCGUUCUACACAUUGCCGUGAUGGGAGCAAGACACUCCAUCACACCGAUUGCAAGAUUUGUGAUGGGUUGGAUAGAUCUCCUUCUCUGUUUAAAGCUAGAUUACAGCAAUUAGCCGGCAAACUUCUUUGGUUGAAGAAAUCAUCUUCUUCGCUGAAGAGAAAUUUUGAUCAGUUGGACUGA